UGGCCAGUGUGACCCGGGUGUGGCUGGGAUGCUGGCAGCGGUGCCAGUGCCAGGGCACUGCAGUGGGGCUGGCUCACAGGGCUCACUUGCACUCCCAGGACAGUGGUGAAGGUGUGCCAGGCCUCACUCCCUGCCCCUGAUGUGGGCACUCCUGCUAGCUGCCCCUUCCAUUCCUGACUCCUGGGGUGCUCUCCCUCCCCACCCCGGGCCAGGGCUGCUGCCCGGGCUCGCUGUCUGCCCGCACAGGGGUGACACUGGCACUGGAGCCGCGGGCGUUCGCAUCCUCGACAGCCACACGCGAGCAAUGUGCCUUUAAGACUAGCAGGAGAGCAAUAGUAUCUCCCUCCCUCCUGUUAAUUGUAGCAUGUUUUCAGCCAUGCUUUCCAGUCACAUUCGCAGGCUGUGAGCCGAGAGGGAGCAGCGCUGCCGCCCGCCAGCCCCGCCGGUGCCCGCAGGUGAUGGGGCAGCGCCCGGCCCCGCUCAGCCCCGUGCCCGCAGCCGGAGCCCACCGUGCCUGAGCUUGGCUGGGCUGCCCACAUCGCUCCCCUCGUGUCCCUCUCCUCCUCGGCCUCCAGCCGCAGGGUCAGACCCUCCGGGUCCCGCGGGAGCUCCGCGCCGGAGCCCGGGGAUCUGCAGCGGGUGAUGCAGCGGGGAGCUGCAUGUGUGCAGACUGCCCGGGGAUGCAGUGGGCUGCGGGGGGAUCGCCCGGCGCCCUGAGCACAGAGUGACUGCAACUAGCACGAGGUUGGGACUACUCGUGGGAAGAUGCCCUGCGUGUCUCCGGUCACUCCUCUCCGGCCUCACCGCAGAAUAUUUGGAGUUGCUGGCUUUCCUCUGCCGAGGGGGGACAAAGGCAGAGGCCUCCAGAGGGUUAAGAGCAUCUGCUUUUACGCCAAGUGUUUGAGCAGGAAAUAAUCUGCAGAGAUACAUGUGCAGCAAUUCAACUGCUGCUGCUCUCGCAGGCAGCCGCGGCUGCAGCUCGCCGUGUGAGAGGAGCCGUGCUGCUCACAGAAGAUGCUUUCUUGGCGUGUCCGAAGCUCCAGGCAUGGCAGCAGAGCCCCGGCUGUCUGAGCUGGGGUAAAUGUCUCCAUCCUAGAGGAAUUAUGUUGACCUGCUGGCUCUGUCGGCUCACGGAGAGGUCUCCCUGGCACGUCUGAGCCUCCUCCCCAGUGAGCAGUGCAGCCCAGUGCCAUCCACGGGGUCAGAGCGCUUCCAGAAGAGCCCGCGGAAUUCCUGCUGGGAGAGCCCCGAGCCACAGGCACAGCAAACCUGCCCAGCUCACCCUCACACCCAGGCCUCAAACCUCCCUGGGGACAGCUGCCAGAGGGGCUGACCUUCCCUGUUCCCUGCUGUGCUGCCCGGAUCCUGUCCCAUGGCUGGUGGAACCCCGCGUCCCCACGGUUCUGCGUGAGAUCCUCGCCGCGCUCGCCCACGGCCGCUCCCUGCUGCAGCCCCUGCCAGCAGUGCUGCACCACCACCCACCAGAUGUGCAAGAGGCUGCACAGAGCUCCCCUCCCCGAGCACAGGUGCUCUCUGUCAAGGAAAAAAAUGGUGAACUUGGAAACCAGCUGGAGAUUGCAAAGUCUCCUUUCCCUUGAGGCUGGCGGUCAGUGGUCGUCAUCUGCCACACCCAAGGGAACUAGAGGAGCUCCACGCUAACUUCUCUAAGCUCUGCUUCACUAUGGAAGAUCAAAUGAUUUUCUGGCUCAGGUUUUGUGAUGUUCGGCACCUGCCUUGGACCUGGAAUUUGGAGAAGGGAUCGUCUCCGAGGCACGGCUGAGAGCCAGAGCAACCAGCCCCGGACAAUGAGCACUUUGAGUAGCACUGGAAUAUUGCUCAGCUUAACAACAGUGUCUGUUACACUGGAUUUUAGUUUGCAUGGUGGUCUGAUGGCUUGGUCCCUGAGCAGCAAUUUGACUCUGAACCAGAGUUUGCCUACAUCUGAUCCUCUCAACUCCUCUGAGAAGGGCGAAGUCUCUCGCAUGUCCGUGAGGGAGAAGAAUUGGCCGGCCCUCCUGAUCUUGGUUGUCAUCCUGCUGACCAUUGGGGGGAACAUACUGGUAAUUAUGGCUGUGUCCCUGGAGAAGAAGUUGCAGAAUGCCACAAACUUCUUCCUGAUGUCUCUGGCAGUAGCAGACAUGCUGGUGGGUAUCCUGGUCAUGCCCGUGUCGCUCAUUGCAGUCCUGUACGAUUAUGCUUGGCCUUUGCCUAAACAGUUGUGCCCUAUAUGGAUUUCCCUAGAUGUGCUCUUUUCAACUGCAUCUAUUAUGCAUCUCUGUGCCAUCUCUCUUGAUCGGUACGUAGCAAUUCGCAAUCCCAUUGAGCACAGCCGCUUCAAUUCCCGCACCAAGGCCAUUAUGAAAAUUGCUGCAGUUUGGACCAUAUCCAUAGGGAUAUCCCUGCCCAUUCCGGUCAUUGGUUUGCAGGAUGACUCCCGCGUGUUCGUGAACGGGACCUGCGUCCUGAACGACGAGAACUUCGUCCUCAUCGGGUCCUUCAUGGCUUUCUUCAUCCCCCUCAUCAUCAUGGUGAUCACGUACUGCCUGACCGUGCAGGUGCUGCAGAGGCAGGCCACGGUGUUCAUGUGCGGGGAGGUGCCCAAGCAGAGGAGGAGCAGCGUGAACUGCCUCAAGAAGGAGAACAACACGGAGAACAUUUCCAUGCUCCACAAUCACGAGGGGGCUUCCCACUUGAACUCCCCCGUGAGCAAGGAGGCGGUGCUGUUCAGGAAGGGAACCAUGCAGUCCAUCAACAACGAGAGGAGGGCCUCCAAGGUCCUGGGCAUCGUCUUCUUUCUGUUCCUCAUCAUGUGGUGCCCGUUCUUCAUCACCAACGUCAUGUCCGUGCUGUGCAAGGAGGCCUGCGACAAGGACCUGCUGAGCGAGCUGCUGGACGUGUUUGUGUGGGUGGGGUACGUGUGCUCGGGGGUGAACCCCCUGGUGUACACCCUCUUCAACAAAACCUACCGCAGGGCUUUCUCCAACUACAUCCGCUGCCACUACAAGCCCGGCAAAAAGUCGGCGCUGCGGCAGAACCAGUGUCUGAACGUGGCCUCGACGGCUUUGUACGGGAAGGACCUGACUUUGACCAGUUACAGAAAUGGCAAUGAGUUCAACAGCAUGGAGCUGGACGAGGCUGAGGAGGGCCUGGAGAUGCAGCCAGGGACCUCAGAGCUCUCCAUAAACAGCUGCAAUGUUGUGAGUGAACGGGUGAGCUGCGUGUGAAGGCGGCUCUGGCGGACUUUCGCCGUAGCCAAAAUACAUUGUGUAAAAAAAAAGUGUCUGUCAAAGGACAAUGUAAAUAUUGCAUUCUGAACAAAGCUUUCUUUUUUUUAAAAAAAAAAAAAAAAAAAGAGAAAAAGGAGUUGUCUUUCCAGUCCAGUACUUAAAAUAAUAUAUAUUAAUAUACUGCAGUGAAGUUUAAGGUUCUAUAUUUACUGUUAAUACUAGAUCAGAACUAUUAGUUACUUUGCAUAUGUCAUGGACAAAAUGUUUGAAUUCUUCUUCCAGUGCAUGAACAAAAAUGCUGAAUAUUUAUCUCAGGUGGAAUUUGCUGGAGUCCAGAAUGGCACGUUAAUAGUUAUAUAUCAAAUACAUGCUAUUAGACUUGGUCAGUAUAACUUUCUUUUUCAAGUUGACAGUAAAUAUAUACUUUAAAUCCUCACCCCUAUUUGUGCCGUGUAAAGACUUUACAGAAACCUGGCAGAGAGACAUCACAGCAGCGUGCAGGCACCUGGCCAGACAAGUCCUGUUCUAGCUAGUGGCUUCUGCCACACUGGGUCAUUCUUGCACUUCAGGGGACCUUUGUUAGGUUCUGGCUCCCUCUCCAGUCCUGCUUUCUCUUUCUGUUCCUCAGGAGGCUCUGGCUCUCCUGGGAAGGGUAGGGAAUGUGGUUUUGCAGUCCUGGCUGGGGCCACUUUCAGACUUGGAGAAGAAGCGUGAGAAACAGAGCGAUCCCCAGUUAUCCAUCUCAAACAUUCAAUAAAUGGAAUUCACUGAAAGCCCUCCUUUGGUCUUGCAGAUAUCCACCAGCUCUGGGAUGGAGCAGGCUGUGCUCAGCACUGCCCUCACAGAUUGCUGCAGGAUCAGGGGCUUUAGCCUGCCUGAAGAAAAGCACUCUGGCUUUGGGAGAGCCCGAAAUCUCUGCUCUCCUCACAUCCAGCCAUUCCUUAGCUGGUUUAGCAUUUGCUUUUAUUUCCCAGCACAGUGCUGGUGAUGGAACACUGCUUUGGGAGCAGAGCAGAAGGUUCUCUGUGUGGUGCUGGCCAGGGGGAGGCUGUGGGGAGCAGGAAUUGCCUCCCUGGGGAGAGCAGUGAGCGAGGGUCCCUGCUCCUGUCCCAGGAGGGAGUGGGCAGAGCAGGAUUGGAAUCAUUUGCUGGUGACGUUGUUCUAAAGCAAAUGGUGACCAGGGACAGCAGGGAAGCAGACCUGGAGCUAGUACAUGGAGUAUUAAUCUGGAGUAACUUUUAAAUUUGAUUUAUUCCAUUUUACUCGCAAGGUAAAUUAGAGUAGAUCAUAUUAACACCACUACAUCUUUAAUGAAAGCAUCCACAUUGGGACUGAGAGCAUUUUAAGUAAUCUACUUUUAAUACACACCAUGUACAAUUUGAAUUAAUUUUCCUCUGCAUUCCUGUGUACACAAACCCUCCAAGGCACUGUGUCUUUCUGGCACUGUGCCUCUGGGGUGAUGCCUCUCAUGCAGAUUUCCUUAUGUGGAGCAUUGUCUAAUGCCAGAUAUCACCCAUAAGGUUUUUAUAUCUUCAUUAACUACUACACAGAUGCUGCAAUGCCCAUCUAACAUGGAUGCAUUUAGCAUCACUGACAGCCUCUGGCUAAGAUAAUUGUCAGAACAGAGAAGCUUACACUAGGCAUGGAUAAAUCGCAUUUUAUUUACAUGAAUUGCUUGUACUCUCAGCUUGCUGUGUUCACUCCAUUAAAAUUAACUUGUAGAAGAACUGGAAAAUUCUACCAGUGCCUGAGGGGGUGUUGUGCUGUUGUGUGCAGCUACAACCUCUCUGAGGCCACUACUAAAACACAAAAAAACCACUAAAAACAUUUGGGUUGUAUCUGCUGCUGGGUUGGUCCCACACUGAUGCCCUGAAGUUGAUAUUUUCUCCCUCAUGCCCUCCUGGGAUAAAUCCAUAUUAUUUCCCUGCAGGCAGAGGAGGGAUCCCAGUGCAGAGUGCAGCUCAGUGCUUGCUGCUCCAUGUGCCAACCUGCAGAUACCACCAUGGGCUUGAAAGAUUGGGAAUCCACCCUCCUCUCCAAAAAGGUCAGGUAAUCAGUAGGAAAACCACUGGCCAGAGACACAAACUUGCACCUCCAGCGACUGAGAUUUUAUUAUCUCAAACAGUACAGAAAAAUAAUUUUUAAAAAAAAUUUAAAAAAAAAAUCACAGUACAUUUUAAUUUUUUCUCCCCCUUUGGGUGAAUUUAUAGCACAUCUCCUCCAAACAUGUAUAUGUGUAUGUAUAUAUAUAUACAAACUCACACGUGUGAGUUUGUACUUAUAUAUAUACACACACAUAUAUAUAUAUAUCUUUAAGAACCAACCACAGGCUUUGAAAGCAUUUAGCAAUAAGUUGAAUCACAGUAGCUUCUAGCACAUGUGUAAGUCGUGUGAAAAGCUCCUUUCCACAGCAUCCUCGAGCUCAGUGUAAGUGUUCACACAGGCAUUGUCUUUGCAUAGGAGCCUUCAUGUCUCACCCUUGCCAGUUCUGUUGUAUGGGCAAAAAAAAAAAAAAAGGGAACCUGCUAUAUUUGGAUGUAAAUAAUGAGAACUGAACAGAGAAUUUUCAGAAUUUUUAUAAGUGUUUUUAAAAAAUAAAAAUCAGCGCCAGAACUGUAAAUAUGCCAACCUCAGCUGGACCUGUUCUGAUGUCCAUCUCCUGUUUGGAUGAAGAGCCAAGGGGACUGACUGCCUUACAGCCUGCGUUCCUCCCAGCCAGCAGGGAGAACAUUUCUCUGAAUGGUUAAAUACUGUCACGUACCCAACUUUCUUUGGGUCAUUCACAUCAGGGUUUUGUGAUGCUGCUAUUAAUUUAUUAAAGAAAGUUUGUUGGUUUAAUCAUUCUUCAUUAUUUUUUUUUUCUUUUCAUGGUCUGUCAGAAAAUAAAUAAGUGAACAUGCCCUCUCUUUCUUUCAUCUGUCCCCAGCUAAAAUAUGUCCUCACCAAGAAAACAAACCAACAACAAAAAAUAAGAAUGAAGAUCUAUACUUAAAGUAUGGCCCACAGCUUUUUAAUCACAGGAAUUAGUGUCAGCAGAUAUCCCAAAACUCCCAACCCCAAAACUUGUUAAAUGUGAAAGCAGUGAUAGACUAUUCUCCCUUUUCAAAUUGCUCCCUCCAGGAACAACUGUCAAAAUUUACUUUUUUUUUUUUAAACUAUGUGAAUUUGAAGAACUGAUUUAGUUCUCUGAAACUUAACCAAAGUCAGGUUGUCCCCACAGCUGCUUUGCUUCUCCUGAGAUGUAACCAUCAACUGUGGUGGUGCCUCCAGAAGCCCUGCCUGGGGCUGGAAGCUUUGUGUGAGUCCUCAAAUCCCAGCUCAGGUAUGGUUUUAUCUUACAAACAGUGUCUGUGGUAGUGUUUUGCUUUGAUUUGGACUGCAGAAGUGGAGAUAAUUCCUUGGAAAUGGCUGGAGGCUGAGAUGUGCUGCCUGCUUUGUUUCCCAAAGCAGAUGGAGCGGUGCAGAGGCUGCCCACGGCCAGCACACACGCAGAGGCUCUGUCCUUUGGGACUGGGGAUUCUGCUCCUGGGGGCAGGACUGGCCUCAUCCUCAGCUCUAGGGGCUUGCAGCCUUCCCUGCCCAGGUCAGAAGCAAGGCUGGUGUCAGUGUCCAGGCACAAACCCCGUGGCUGGGCACCCUGCUUUGGAGACCUGGGCUGGCUCAUCCAUUCCACACAGCCAGGCCUGGGGUGUGGCACCCAUGGGAUCACCCUGGGGGCUUUGGGGACCCCUGUGUGCCUCACAGGCUGUGCUGGGAGGAGAAGGGCAGCUCCCCUCCUGUGCUUGCUGAAGGUAAGAGCAGCUACCCAGGGGCUGUGGCAUUUGGGAGGUGACACAGUUCAGAGCCAGUGCUGAGGAGUUUUAAGGCAUCCCCCCUCACCACGGCUCUUUAUUGUCUGAAUAGCUGGGAGUCUGUAAUAGUUUUCAUCUGAGUGAUGCUUUAAAGAUGUAAAUGUUAGGCCCUGUGUGAGUAAGCACUGUGAACAGCGUGGUUCUUGCUGUUUUCUCUGCAGACACACUCAUGUCACUCCUCAGAGCCUUUCUUCUGGAGAGCCUGUGAAGAGUUUCAUCACUGGUGUGGAGGGUGUCUGGUGCUCUUCCCAGUCAGCAUCCAAGGUGCUGGAGCCAUGAGGGCCCUGGAGAGACACAAGUUUUAAAGAAGAAACAUCUUCUGAGGAAGAAAAGCCAACCGCAAUCAGCCCUUCAGAAACACCACUUAACUCUGAGCUACUGAAGGGUGUCUGAUACUGUGGCAGACAAAUUGUGCAUUCCAACAGCAGAGCCCGCCUGUGAUAAAGGAGCAGAUGUCUCUUGGAUGGCUUUCCUCGCUGUGUCACAGUGUCAUUAGGAUAGCUACAUGCCAAGAACUGCGCUUGGCUUUGUCUCCAUUUCAGGGGCGGAGAAGGCAUCAGAGCUUUUUCCCAGGAAAAGGCACACACAAGAGCACCAAGCCUUGAGCAGGUGAAGCAGAAGGACAGAGAUGGGCAGAUGUCUGUGCCCACAUCUGUGCCCAUGAACACACACAUCCCAGAGGGCCACAGAUGUCACCACACUUCGUUCUUCCUUCA